AAACGGGCGAAGAAACCGAGAGUCGUAAAAGCUGAGGCCCAAGUAAAACUUCAGCCCACUUCCUCUCCACUUAUAAAACUAAAACAAAUAUUUUCCCAAAACCCUAGCUGCUGCGCCCUCGUUGAUAUACACAUCUACACUCUCUCAGCUUAAUCCGAAGCAGCUAUGGCGGACGUGGAAGUAGACGUGACGGCAGCAGGAGCACCGAAGAAGAGGACGUUCAAGAAGUUCAGUUUCAGAGGAGUUGAUUUGGAUGCGCUUCUUGAUAUGUCCACUGAUGAGCUUGUUAAGCUCUUCGGUGCUCGUGCCAGAAGAAGGUUUCAGAGAGGGUUGAAGAGGAAGCCGAUGGCUUUGAUCAAGAAGCUCCGCAAGGCGAAACGAGAGGCACCAGCAGGUGAGAAGCCAGAGCUUGUGAAGACUCACCUUCGCAAUAUGAUCAUCGUUCCUGAGAUGAUCGGGAGUGUUGUUGGAGUUUACAAUGGCAAGACCUUCAACCAGAUUGAGAUCAAGCCCGAAAUGAUCGGACAUUAUUUGGCUGAGUUCUCCAUUUCAUACAAGCCAGUUAAGCAUGGAAGACCUGGUAUUGGUGCCACCCACUCCUCAAGGUUUAUCCCAUUGAAGUGAGAUCUUUUGAGAAUCUGGAUUGUUCUUGAGUUUCGUAGUUACAUUAUUGAAGUUAUGUAUUAGGUUGGAAUUCUCAAUUUGGAUCUGUUAAUUUUUAAACUGUUUUAAUUUGAAAAGGCUAUCCCUGAUGAUAGACAGGAAUUUAUUUCUAUAAACUUCCAAUUGAAAUUGUUUUGCUCC